AGCUGCACACUGAGAGAGAGAGAGCGAGAGAGGAGGCUGGGUCAACUGUCGUUACCCCCCACUUAUUCUCUCAUUUCAUCUGCACCCAGUGCUCAGGCUCAUUCUGCGCUGCUCACUUGGAUUUGUUGUAUGGACCUCAACUUUCAGACAAAUUCUUCCAGGGGAUACAGCACAGGGACAGAGGAAACUGGGACAAGCGCUGAGAAUGUUUGGCAAACACCUCACAGAGGGAAAUGUGAGAGUGUGAAAGCUUCACGAUUCACCAGGGGAGUGCAGAUGCCCAUCCAUCGGCACAACGACACCUUGUGAUGAUCUCCUCUCUAAUGGAUGAGACGGCACUGAAGGAGACCAUCUACAUCAAAAGAGGCUGCAAGAAUUGAGUUAAACCAGCGGACGAUAUGGAUGACAACAUUUCAUCUACUGAGUUCGAGCCUCUCUUCAUCAGAGAAGAGGCUGGGGAGCCAGAGAGAACAGCUGUGGUCCAAAGAGAGUGCGGCCCGGCACAACCGGGACUCCCCUUCACAGGAACACAGCGGAAUCCUUCGACUUUGAUUAAGCCAUAUUUACGAGAGAUGGAUGAUUUGCUGAAGAGCUGCGAGGAGCUUACAUGUAUUCCUUUUGGCUUCUCAGAGAGUUUCACAGAAACGAGCUUGAUCAAAUCAACUCCUGGUCAGAGCAAAGAGGAAGUUACAAUGGAGGGUUACGCAGAAACAAGGGAAUCUCCUCAGGCAUAUCUUUCCACGGGGUACAUGGACACACACAUGGACGGGGCUGGAACAGAGGACGAGCCAGCACAAGGGCAGUUGCAAAGCACGGACACAACAGAAGCUUCUCACCAGACAGAAAUGCCUGUAACUUCCGUGGGAAACAAACUGAGCAACGCUAUGGUGGAGUAUGAGGGCCAGCUGCUGGGAAUGUUGGCCAUGCUGGAGAGCUGUAUGGAAGAGGCUGGGAUGGACUUUGAGCCCCAGGGCUGGGCUGCAGAUGAAAGUCAAGAAUACGUGCACAUCAGUAAGAAUCCGCAUCUUUGUAAGGGUACAACACUGGUACCCAGUCAGCAAGAGGCACCAGGGAAGCUGGAGGCCCAGGCUAUGCAGUUAGAAUCCUGGGCUUCUCAACAUGCAGAGGGAGAUAAAGUUUCUGAGGACAGUAGAAAUGGAUUGACAGUAGGUCCGACAACCAAUAAAAGCCAGCGGAAUCCUUUGCUUUACUGUGACAACAUGGUUGGCGACUCAACGGAAAGACUGGAAAGGUCAGGGAAAACAGACCAGGGGGUUCUUGAUUCGCAGUCCAGUUUUCCAGGGCCAUCAGAUGAAAAUGAAAAUGAUCCAAUGUACUGUGAAGGGACAAAAAUGAGAUAUAUGUUUGAUGACGGCACAGAAGCAAAGGGAGAUAUAACUGGGAUUGUAGUAGAAGACACUGAUGUGCCAGCUGAAGAGAGACAAGAGCUCGUGAUGGGCACCAUUGACCUGAGAUCUGUUAGGAAUGAAUUAGGGGAGUUGGGGUCUCAGAUGGAGGAGCAUAUACAGGAAGUUCAGCACUUGGAGAAGAGGAGGAGGGAGCUGCUGGCAGAGUUGCUAGAGCUGAGGGGGAAUACAAACAGAGAAGAGGAGGCCGAGGGGAGCACUGAGGAGGAAGAAGUGACAGAAGAGCGAAUGGACAGCAGAGUGUCCGAGCUGAUGAACAUGCUGAGGAGUGAGGAAGAGGGUAGGAGGCAGGAGAGGAAGAAGGAGAUGCAGAGCCUCAAGGAGGAGAGAGCAGAAGAGGAGAGGAGGUUGUGGAAGGUCAACCUGGAGAGACAGGGGCUGCAUGAGGAGCUCAGGAGGCUGAAAAGGAGGCUCUUCGCCAUGGUCAGGGAGUGUACCCACAGUCAGGCCUCCAUGAACAACCAGCGCCGUGAGGUGGAGCUGCUGAAGAGAGAAGAGGAGAAGCUGCAGUCCCUGGUGCUUCAGCUGACAGAGGAGAGCUGCCAGGUCAGGUCAGCCCAACAACAACAGCUCUUAGAACUACAGGCAAAACUUCAUGCCCAGAGCUCCAGUCAGUCCUCCAGCCCCCAGGAGGAGCUGAUCGAGUGCAGGAGGCACUCCUGUGGCGACAUCCAGCAGUAUUUGCAGGGUGGACUAAGAGCCCUGGAGGACAGGUACGAACCCAUUUUGCUGGCAUUGCUGAAAAGGAGAGAGGCAACAGCUGGAGCCCUGGUGAAAGCCAAAGAGCAGGCCCAUGAACUGAAGGCCCAGAUGGGACCGCUGAGGGAUGAGAUCCAAAAGCUGAAGCUCCAGAGGGCUUGUUUGGGGGAGAAACUAAACCUUUGUCACACGCAUCGCAGAGAGGAUGUGGGGCAGUACAAGGAGACAGUGUACUGCCUGGAGGAGAGCAGCAGAGAACUGAUGACCGAGUUGAAGAUUCAGAAGAAAAAAAACAAAGAGAUAGAGGAGUUGAGAGACAGACUCACCAAACAACUCCUCCUUUACAGGGCUGCCAUUAAGGACCAUGAGUGUGACCACGAGAAGAAAACAUGAUUGCUUUUUUAUUUUAAUUUUUUUUAAAUCAAGAACAUACCCGUGAGCACAGUUUUGAUUUAAUAACAAACUGAUCACUAUUUUUGUAUCUCCAACCUAAUGAAUGUCAAAUUUUAGUUAAUGCACUUUACACACAUUAAGACAUGCCGUUGUAUUUAACACACAACUUGGAAUAACUUUUAGUAAAUGUUUUUUUUUCAGAGCAGUCCGUUAGGAUGAACUCGACUGCCGCUUGUUGAGAGGUUUUGUUAUGAAUAAAGGCAUUUCUUGUGUCUCGUAA